AGUGUCAUCGAUUAACUGAAUCGAUUAAACAUUCGGCGUGUUCGAUGAAAAUAUUCGCUCUUUUUUGAUUGAUUGACAUGUGUUCAAAGCUACUGCUGUGCUAAUUCGAAAUUAGUGGAAAUUUCUAUUUGUUUACACAUGUAUAUCUGGAAUUCUGCGGAAAAUAUUAAAAUUCUAGCAUAUAAUCAUAGAACUCUUUAUCGAAAAUAUACCAAUAGAACUGAAUGAUAUUAAAUUUAAUUGAUGUAUAUAUCUACGUGUGUGUAUAUUAGCCACAUAAAUAUAUUGUAAUAGCAUAUGUGCAAUGGGGAAAGAUAAAAAACAAAAGAAAAAUCGCGAUGACAAAUUUGAAGAUCCUGAGACAGUAUCCAAUAUUGAUUCUAAUCCAAAAGAAAAAUCACUAAAAAAUGGUUCUAAAGAAGAUACUCCUCCUAAAUCUGUGAUUGCCAGUCAAUUUAGUGAUGAAGAGUCCGAAAUAGAAAUAAUUACAUUAGAACAACAAGGAAAAAAGAAAAAGAAGCAGAAAAAGGCGAAAUCAAAUUUUAGUGUUCUUGCUAUUGAAGGAGAAUCUGGUGACUCUAGAGGAAAUAGUGAAGACGAAGAAGCAAAAGCUGAAGAUAAGCCUAAAAAGGAAACCAAUGAGUCCUCAAAGUCUAGUUCAAAAUCAGGGGCCAAAAAGUCCAAGAAAAAAGACCGAAAAAAGAAGGAUGACGAUGAUGAAGAAGAUCUAGAAAAACUUCUUGAAGAGUUAGCUUUAGAAGCUGGGGGUGGAAAACCUGCUACAAAACCAGCUGAAGAAGCUCAGCCAGAAACUAAAACCGAAGAAGUACUAGAAGUUGAUAAAAAGGAAGAUAAAAAAGAGAAAAAGAAGAAAAAGAAAAAUGAACAGCCUCCACCUUCUGUUGAAGAAACUCCUGAAGAUGGGACAGUUGAAGCAGAUUCAAAAGAAGAAGGUUCUACUGUUAAAACUGCUGCUCAGAAGAAAAAAGAAAAGAAAGAAAGAGAAAAACAGAAAAAAUUAGAGUUAGCUCAAAAAAAGAAAAUAGAGCCUAAAACACAAAAAGAGGAAUCACCUACUCCGAAAGAAGUAGAAGAAGAAAAAGAUGAUGAAGAAAAGAAAGAUGAUGAUGAUGAAGGAGAUAGUAAAAAGAAAAAGAAAAAAAAGAAAGGUGAAGAAGAUGAUAAAAAAGAUAAAAAGAAGCCAGGCAAAAAGCAGUUGGCUGCUAUGCAAGAAGCAUUAAAGAAGAUCAAAGAAGAGGAGGAACGUAUGAGACUCGAAGAAGAAGCAAAAUUAAAAGCUGAAGAGGAAGCUGAACAGCUACGUUUGGAAAAACUAAGAUUAGAACAAGAAAGGAAGGAGAAGAAAAAACAGAAAGAGAAGGAAAAGCGGGAAAGACUAAAAGCUGAAGGAAAAUUAUUAACUAAGUCUCAGAAGCAAAAUCGGGCUCGAAUGGAAGCUACACUCGCUGCCCUCAGAGAGCAAGGAGUUGAAGUCCCCCAAAUUGGAGAGAAGAAAGAAAAAGCACCUAGGCUUGGUGAUCGUAAAAAAACUCCUAGAAAGAAGGCAUCUUUGACUGAAGACACCCUUGAAACAUCUAAGCCAGAAGAUCAGAAAGAAGAAUCUCCUGAAGUGAAGGAAGAAACACCCGAAAUAAAAGAGCCCACACCUGUUCCCGGUGAAGAAGACAACAUCAAAGAUGCCUGGGAUGACACUUCAUCUGAAGAUGAGGAAUUAGAGAAACAAGAUGCAAAAGGUGUCAAAAAAGUUGAGAUCGUAACAUCAAAAACUGCUAAAGGUGCUGAAUCUGAAACAGAGUCCUCUGGUAGUGAAGAUUCUUCCGAAGAAGAAUCGGAUUCAGGUGAAGAGAGUUCCGACAGUAGCUCUGAUAGUGAUAAAACAGAAGAAUCUUCAGAAGAAAAAAUACGCUUACGAAUUCAGAAACGACGAGAACUUGCUGAAAGCAAUCGAAGCCUGGAUAAAUUGCGAUCUCCUGUAGUUUGCGUUUUAGGUCACGUAGAUACUGGAAAAACUAAGAUUCUUGAUAAAAUUCGUAGCAGUAAUGUACAGGAUCAUGAAGCAGGAGGUAUUACUCAACAAAUUGGAGCAACAAUGGUUCCCCAUGAAGCUCUUAUGGAACAAUGUAAAUUUGUCAAAGGGUUUGCAGAGAUGGAAUUGAAAGUUCCUGGACUUUUGAUUAUUGAUACACCUGGUCACGAAUCUUUUAGCAAUUUAAGGUCCCGUGGUUCAUCUCUGUGUGACAUUGCCAUUCUGGUUGUUGAUAUCAUGCACGGUUUGGAACCCCAGACAAUUGAAUCUAUUAACAUGCUGAAACAAAAGAAGACACCUUUUAUUGUUGCUUUAAACAAGAUUGAUAGAGUCUAUGAAUGGAAAACUUCAAAAAAUAAAGAUGUCCAGGAUAUAAUUAAAAGUCAGUCUCGUCCAACUAAGCAGUUUUUUGAUGACCGAGUGAAGCAAAUUAUACUUGAAUUUGCUAAUCAGUCUUUGAAUGUUGUCCUUUAUUAUGAAAACCAAGACCCUCGCUCAUAUAUUUCAAUGGUGCCCACAUCUGCCCUUACUGGAGAAGGAAUGGGUAACUUACAGGCUCUCAUUGUUGAACUUACACAAUCUAUGAUGGCAAAACGUCUCAUGUUUUCUGAAGAAUUACAAGCUACAGUCUUAGAGGUUAGAAUCUAUGUUUUUUUUAGUUCUGAUCUUCCUCAGACUCAAUUUCUUGAGCAUCGAGAAGUGGAAGGAGCUCAAGGGGUUAAAAUAUGUGCUAAAGAUUUAGAGAAAGCAAUUGCUGGUCUUCCUAUACUUGUUCCAAAGAGAGCUGAUGAAACUAAAAUAUUAAUGGAAGAGAUGGCAUCAAUGUUUAAAGAGACAAUGAAUUCUAUCAAAGUUACAGGUACAGGUGUUUAUGUGCAAACUUCUACUUUAGGUUCACUAGAGGCACUCAUGGAAUUUUUAACUGAAUCUAAAAUUCCAGUUUCUGGUGUUCGUAUUGGUCCUGUUACAAAAAAAGAUGUAAUGAAAGCAUCUGCUAUGUUAGAACAUGACCCUACUUUCGCUGUGAUCCUUGCAUUUGAUGUUAGAAUUGAAAGAGAAGCCCAAGACCUUGCAGAUUAUCUAAAUAUCAAGAUAUUUCAUGCCAAUAUAAUUUAUCACCUUUUUGACAUGUUUGUGAAUUAUAGAACUGAAAUUAAAGAGCGCAAUAGAGAAAUGUAUAAAAGUGUUGCAGUAUUCCCUUGUAAAUUGAAAAUCCUGCCUCAAUUUGUCUUCAAUUCUCGUGAUCCUAUUGUUGUGGGAGUAUCUAUUGAAGCUGGAGUAUUAAAAGAAGGAACACCCUUGUGUGUACCAUCCAAAGAAUUUCUAGAUAUUGGAACAGUUACUACAAUUGAAGUGAAUCAUAAAGCAAUAGAUUCAGCUCGAAAAGGCCAAGAGGUCUGCAUUAAAAUAGAACCCUGUGGAGGUGAAGCUCCUAAAAUGUUUGGACGCCAUUUUGAUCAUACUGAUAUGGUUGUUAGUAAGAUAUCAAGGCAGUCAAUAGAUAUGUGCAAAGAACACUUCCGAGAUGAUCUUCAAAAAACCGACUGGCAAUUGAUGGUGGAAUUGAAAAAGCUCUUCCAAAUAAUGUGAUCAGGAUAUUAAUUAGCUGUUUUAAAUUAUCGUUCGUACUGUCCCAUUCCAGAACAAUACUCAACACUGUUAAGUGGAAGGAAUUCUAUGUUUCGUUUUUAAUGUAUAACUUUAAUAAAACGGUUAACAAAUUUGCUUUA